AUGACGUCACUGGCGCGCCGUCGCGGUGAAACUCGUUGGCGCGGGAACGCCCAGACGCGACCCUCCAAGGGGAGGCCGCUGCAGGUGAAGGCGGAUUUGGAGUCUAGGUGUGAGAAAUUUUCACCGAAAGAAAUGUUAGAAGCACAGCCAUUCAAUUGGGAGAUCAUGGAAAGCCUUAUAUGCUAUGACUUGAUGGGCUUCGAUUUUAGAGACAGCUGGGGAUAUAAAGGCCAGUUUGUGAGCCAAGCAAAUCCAGACUGCUAUUUCGAGCCAAUAAAAAUCCCUUAUGACAGCAUGCCUGUGUUCAAGCAUCACAUAUCCCUGACCACCCGACAUCACGGGAAGCCAACUGGCCAGAAACUGGCUACAUGUAGUGAAUGUGAGAGGGUAUUUAGCCGUGUCUCACAUCUUAUUGAGCAUCGGAAAACUUACACUGGUGAAAGGCCCUUUGCCUGUAAGGAGUGUGGCAAGGCCUUCCGCCGUGCCUCACAUCUUGUUCAGCAUCAAAGAAUGCAUACAGGGGAGAAAUCUUACGACUGUCAAGAUGGGAAGGCUUUUGGCCGCACUUCAGAACUUAUUCUCCAUCAGAGACUUUACAGUGGUGUCAAACCCUAUGAGUGUAAGGAAUGUGGGAGGACCUUCAGACAGCAUUUCCAGCUUAUUCUGCACCAAAGAACUCACACGGGUGAGAAACUCUAUGUAUGUAAAGACUGCGGUAAGGCUUUUACUCGUGGCUCACAACGUACUGUUCAUCAGAGAAUCCACACUGGUGCUAAACCUUAUCAGUGCAAAGAAUGUGGGAAAGCCUUUAGGCAGCAUUCACAGCUCACCGUCCAUCAAAGGAUCCACACUGGCGAGAAGCCCUACGAAUGCAAGGAGUGUGGGAAGGGCUUUAUUCAUAGCUCAGAAAUGUCUCGACAUCAAAGAAUUCAUUGGGCGGGGGGGGGGGGGGGGGAGAAACCUUACGAAUGUAAGGAAUGUGGCAAGGCCUUUCGAUUGCAUGCACAGCUUACUCGGCAUCAAAGGGUUCAUACUGGCGACAGACCCUUUGCAUAGGACUGCGGGAAGGCCUUUAGUCGUACUUCAUACCUUAUUCAACAUCAAAGAAUUCAUACAGGCGACAAACCCUAUGAGUGUAAGGAAUGUGGAAAGGCCUUCAUGCAUGUUUCGCAACUGACUCUUCAUCAGCUAUUUCAUACUUAUAAGAAACCUUAUCAGUGCAGGGGAUGUGGAAUGGCCUUUAUUCGUAGUUCACAACUUACCGAACAUCAGAGAAUUCAUCCUGGUAUUAAACCUUAUAAAUGCAAAGAAUGUGGGCAGACUAUUCUUGGUUCACAGCUCAUUGAGCACUACAGAAUCCAUACCAAUUAG